AUGACUCUUUGGAUUGUAUGGCCGCCUUCACGUCAAGUCCAACAUAUGCGACUCAAACUACUUGAAAGCAACACUUGCAACUCAACUCAAUCUCCAUUCACUAUUGCGUUUUUUCAUCCACAUUGCGAUGGUGGAGGUGGUGGAGAGCGAGUUUUAUGGACCGCUAUCAAUGCAAUCCAACAAGAUUGCAAGCAACGACAACUCUCGAAUACAUUUAUUGUUGUUUACAGCUGUCCAUUGUCUAGCACUCCAAACGAACUAUUGAUUCAUAUCAAAAAACAAUUUGACAUUGUUGUAGAUCCCGAAACAAUCAGAUUUGUGCAAUUAGAAUCAUGGAAAUACCUUGAAGCUAAAAGAUAUAAGCGACUUACAUUGUUAGGACAAAGUCUUGGAUCAAUCAUCACAGGAAUGGAGGCGAUGCAGCAACUUGUUCCUGAUGUAUUUGUUGAAACAGUUGGAUAUGCAUUUAUAUAUCCAAUUGCUCGAUUCUUUCAAACCAAGGUUGUGUCAUAUGUGCACUAUCCAACAAUCAGUUUAGAUAUGCUUCAAAAAGUUCAAAACAGAGAGUCUAGUUUCAACAAUGCUCAUGCGAUAUCCAAUAGCGCUGUGCUGAGCACAAUGAAAUUGCUAUACUAUCGUGCAUUCUCUGUUCUUUAUGGAUACGCUGGAUCUUUUUCAAAUGCUGUCAUGGUGAACUCGUCGUGGACAUAUGGUCAUAUUAAUCACAUUUGGAAUAUCCCACAACGAACUAGCAUUGUUUUUCCACCUUGUUUUACGCAAUCUUUGUCCAAUCUUACUUUAUCUGCAAGGCAACGCAUUAUUUUAUCUAUUGCGCAGUUUCGACCCGAAAAAAACCACACUCUUCAGUUGGAAGCGUUUAGCUUGUUGCUUUGUGAUCAUCCACAAUUGCGGCCAGGCACAGAUUCAAGCGUGAGUCUUGUUUUAGUUGGUGGCGUUCGUAACAAAGACGAUUCUCGGCGUGUAGCAGAAUUACGAUUGCUAGCGACUAAGCUUGGCAUCGAGGAAUCGGUCAAGAUAAUAGAGAAUGCAUCAUACCCUGACAUUGAAUCUUUAUUAGCAAAAUCGCUAAUUGGCCUGCACACCAUGUCGAAUGAACACUUUGGAAUUAGUAUUAUUGAAUAUAUGGCUGCUGGUGUAAUUCCAAUUGCACAUAAUUCAGGUGGUCCUAAGAUGGAUAUUGUCAAACCAUUGUCAGGACAAUCUACUGGAUUCUUGGCCACAACUGCACAAGAGUAUUCAGAUUUGAUGUUCAAUGUUUUGACACUUUCAUCUGAAUCUCAACUUUCAAUACAAAAAGCAGCUCGUGAAUCAGUAAUUGGUCGAUUUUCAGAUUCUAUAUUCUGUUUAGACUUUUUAGCCGUGAUUCAACAGCAAAGAGAUAUGAUUCAAUAA